AUGCCUGAAAAUAAUUCCCAAAUUAAUAUAGGAUCUCUAUCCGAUGGGGAGGUAAUUGACAACUUAGGCCCUGAGAAUUCACAUGGGGAACAAACCAUCAACAGCGGUAACUAUCAGAAUUCAUUACAACAAGACCCGGAUACUAUUUCUCAUAGCAAAGAAGCCCGUGAAUUGAACGAAGAAAUAGAAUUAAUUAGUGAGGAUGAGGCAUAUGACGACGAAUACUAUGAAGAAAUUGAUGAUGAAGAUUUAGAAUUAAAUGAUGAAGAUGAUAUCGAAGUGAUCGAGGAUAUGUCUGGGGAAGUGGAUUUGCAAAAAAAUAUAAACCAAACAACGGAACAAGUUAAGUACGGUACUGUUAAUGUCCCAUCGUCUACCAUUCCAUUGGCCACAGAUGCUGAAUAUUGGCUUUCACAGUUCACAGAACUUGAUCCAGACUAUCCAAUCAAGGCUCAAUCGCACUAUACUUGGGAAAUUGAAAACUUCGAUUCUUUGCACGAAGGCAAGUGUACUUCACCUACAUUUAAGUGUGGAGACACAGAAUUCCAAAUUUUGAUGUUUCCUAAAGGCAAUGAUAAUAAUUAUUUGGCGCUUUAUUUAGCACCUUUGCCAAAAAAGAUCACCAGGCAAAAUUCUCUGCCAGAUGCUCAAGAGACCAUUGACCCAACCUGGUACCGCUGUGUGCAAUUUGGGUUUGUAAUUUGGAACCCAGAACAUCCAGAAGUAAAUGCGUUCAAUAAAUCCCAACAUAGAUUUAAUGGUGAAGAGCCAGAUUGGGGGUUUAGCACUUUUACGGAUCUAGGCAACGUUUUUCCACAAGUCCGUCCGAACCAACAAUGUCCUGCAGGAAUAGGAUUUAUGGAUUCCAAGCAUAAAGUGAAUAUCACAUGCUAUGUGAAGCUAAUUGAUGAUGUUACGGGGGUUUUGUGGCACAACCUUGUGAACUAUGACUCGAAGAAGGAGACAGGGUUUUCAGGAUUGAGAAACCAAGGUGCCACUUGUUAUUUGAACUCUUUAUUACAAUCAUAUUACUUCACCAGAGUGUUCCGUAAAUCUGUUUUACAAAUUCCGGUAGAUCCAGAAAACAACCAACCGAAUACAUUUCCUGUGGCGAUCCAAAGAUUAUUUUAUAAUUUGGAGUUUAGUGAAGAUGCCGCUGACACUUCUGAAUUGACCCAAAGUUUCGGAUGGGAUGCUGCUGACAGUUUUACUCAACAUGACGUUCAAGAAUUAAAUAGAAUUUUAAUGGACAGAUUAGAGGGAAAGAUGAAAGGAACGGUAGUUGAAGAUUCUUUGAAUAAGACGUUUGUUGGGAAAAUGAAAUCAUAUAUCAAAUGUGUUAACGUUGACUAUGAAUCAUCGAGAAUGGAAGAUUUUUGGGAUAUUCAAUUGAACGUGAAAGGCUUAAAGGACUUGACAAGUAGUUUUAAAAGUUAUAUUUCCAAAGAAAUGUUAGAUGGUGAAAACAAAUAUGAUGCUGGAUCAUUUGGGCUCCAAGACGCCGAAAAAGGUGUCGUAUUUGAAGAAUUUCCAAAUGUUUUGCAUCUACAGCUCAAGAGGUUUGAUUAUGAUUUCAUGUAUGACAAUUUGGUAAAAAUCAAUGAUCGCCAUGAAUAUCCUGAGUUUAUUGAUUUGAAGCCAUAUCUUGACCAAGCCAAUUCUCAAGCGCUUGCUGAAAAUUGGGAAUACGAGUUGUUUGCAGUAUUGAUUCAUUCCGGUGACAUUUCUUCUGGUCAUUAUUAUGCCAUGAUUAAACCUUCUACAAAUUCAGGAUGGUUUAGAUUUGAUGAUGAUAAGGUUACGAGAGUCACAAGAAACGAAGUUUUUGAACAGAACUUUGGGUCCAAACCAUUACCUAAUAAUAUUUUGCGAAAAAUGACUAGGGCCGAAAACUUGGAUUACCAGAUUCGCCGCCACACUUCUGCUUAUAUGUUGGUGUACUUCCGUAAAUCCAAACUUGAUGAAAUUUUGUGUGAUUUCGAUCCAAAUGAAGAUAUUCCUCCUCAUAUUAAGGAAACCAUUGAAAAUGAAAGGAAAGAGGCCAUACGUCGCAAGAAGGAAUUGGAAGAGCAACAUUUGUACAUGAGAAUUCAUCUUUAUGGCGCAAAGGAUGACUGGUUAAACUACCAAGGGUUUGAUCUCGGCAUCAAUAGGGCUUCUUCUUCUAAAUGGAACACUGAUAUCUUCAAUAUUCCAGGAGAGUUGGUUAAUUUGGAUGAUUCGCUAAAAAAAUUUGAAGUAAAGGACAAGGAUAUGGCUUUGGGAUACCCACCAAAAUACCUAAAAAGGCCAAAAAAUACCACUAUUCGUGAAUUAUAUGAAGAUGUGGUUCAAAACUUUGCUAACUUGAAGGAUCCAGGAUCAGAAUUUAGAUACAUUAGAUUAUGGAUCAUGGCCCAUAGACGAAAUGACACCACUAGACCAGAUUCCCCAUUGGGAUAUGGACCAGCAUAUUAUAAGGAAGGUUUAAUGCUCACUGUGGAUGCUGAAGGUAAGCUAGUUACUAACGAGUCUAAGAUUACUGAUUCUAUCGAUCUUAAGACUCUUGCAAUUUCGAAUCUUCCAGAAAAUAUCACAAUCGAGAGUCUUCUUGAUAAGUUUGCUGCCAAGAAACCGCAUGGAUUAUACUUGUGGAUGGAAGACACCAGAAAUGAUUUGUGCAGCCUUUACUCUUUCUCUAAGAACCUAUCCGUGGAUACAUUAGACAGUUUGAACAAAAUUCCCCGCAAUUUCUUGGGGUUCCAAAAAUUGUUUGAAGCUUAUCGUGACUUGAUUUCCUCUGAUGAGAAGAGCAGCUGUACAUUGUUUAAAGCUCGUGAUAUGUCGAAUUCAUCUGCGCACGUUCUGAUUUUCAUCAAAUAUUUUGAUAUUGUUAAUCAAACUUUGACUGGGGUAUCCCAUAUGAUUGUGGCGAAGGAUGCGACAAUUUCUUCGAUUGUUCCAGCAUUGAAUGCCUUUAUGGGAUUUGCUGAGUCCACGCCAUUAGCAAUUUAUGAAGAAAUUAAGCCUACUAGCAUUGGGAUAGUCAAGCAAUCUAAUACUUUUUCUGGUUGCGAGUUACAAAAUGGUGAUAUUCUUGCAUUUUCCCUUGAAAGUGUCCCACAAUAUGAAACGAUGAUUGGUAAAUACAAGUUUGAGAAAUUCAAGGAUUAUAAAGGAAUCGGGGAAAUGACUGAUGAGGAUGACAUUAAUAUUCAUGGUUCUGGGGAUUUACAAUUUUCUGCUAGUAAAGCCGAUGUUCUUGCCAAUAGAGAUAAGUUGGUGGAUAAUGUACUUGUCAAGUCCGCAGGUGUUCAAGAGUUUUACAAAUACAUAAGAAGCAGAAUUCAUCUUCUUGCUAGACCGGUUGGAAAAGUCGAGGGUGAUGAUACUUAUGUUGCCGUGAGAGAUGAAUCGAUCAUCAAGGAAGAGUUUGAUUUUUGGGUGACCACACAAACAAGCUACCAAGAUAUUGCUGAUGGUAUUGGUGGCAAAUUAGGAAUUGACCCCCAUAUAAUUAGAAUGUUUCUUAUACUUCCUCAAGGUGGUAGUGUUCCAUUGAAGACGAGUCAUGAAGUUUCGCAUAUUGUUGGUAAUAAGCACAUGGCCAAUUUGACCUUGGUGUUUGAAUACGAAAUAUUGAAUAUCAAGAUGGAAGAACUUGAAAGUUUGAGGCUUCUUAAGAUUGGCUGGUUUUCUUCAGGAGUUUUACAUGAACAGGCUUUUGAAUUUCUCGUUGCCAAAGAUGCCCUGAUCAACACGGUAGUUGAUAAAUUUGUUGCAAAGCUUGGGAAAACUGGGGAUGAAGAAUUUAAGCAACGGCUUACGAUCUGGGCAGUUUCCCAAUGUCGUAUUGUGAAGACUUUUACCCUUGAAGAUUCUAUUGCGAUUUUGCCGGAUAAAUUUGCCCUUCAUAUCAGAUUACUUGAUAAUGAUGAACUUGCGGCGUUUGGAAACCAUCUUUACAAUAAUCCUCGGGCUCUUGAGACCCCUAAUCAUAAUUGUUCUGAAGAUUUUGUAAUUGUUGGAGACGGUCUGAAAGAUUUUGUGGUGGAAACUGUGCAAUUUUAUAAAGAUCCAAGUAAGGCACACGGGAUUCCAUUCCUUUUUGUGUUAAAGGCAGGUGAGAGGUUUGGGGAAACUCGAAAGAGACUUCAAGCGAAAUUAGGGUUGGGAGAUAAAGAAUUCACUAAAGUCCAUGUUGGUUUAUUGGAUUUGAGUAGUGGGAAGUGUCGUUAUUUCAUCAAAGAUGAAUUUGUACCACUGGAUGAGUUGAGUGAAAGUGAUGUGUUAUUUUUGGAUCACCCUGACCGUGCACAACAUCGUCAAAAUUACGGUGGUGGGGCUAUACGGAUUAACUAA